AUGAAGAAGGGGCAGAAGAAGGGGCCGCGGGGAGUACAACCACCUCGGCCGCGGGCCUCCUUCGAAGAGGAGAAGCUGGAGCUGGAGCGGGCCAUCAAGGCCAAGGAGGCAAAGCUCGAGGAGCUCCAGCGUAAGAAGCUUCUGGCUGAGCAGCAGUUUUCGAACGAGGAGGAGCGCGAGAAGGUGCGGCGGUUGAUAGGCAAGUGGCGGGAGGUAUGCCAGGAAGUGCUGGUGGAGUUGCACAAGCACCACGUCCAGGAGAAAGCCGACCUAACAUUGGCCGAGCUAGUCGACUACCUCAAGAUCGACCCCGCUGUCGUUCGCUUCUCUCCCACCGACGAAGUCUUCUACUGA